CAGACGAGAAGAUUUUAGGAGAAGAAGAAGAGGAACAACAACACAACUGUAUGGGGUUGUCUCAUUUUUCUGUGAUAGGAAAGGAAAUAACACCCCAAAAAUAAACAUAACAAUCCGUUUUUUUCCUUCUGCGAAUGUGUUGCCAUAAACGCUUGUUUUAAAUAGAUAGUAAUAUUCAUACCUGUAUAAAUACUAACGGUCACUUCUCACUCGGAUACGAAUGGAAGGCGAAGUUUUUCGGCAAAAACGAGAAUCCGACAAGGAGCAUGGAUACUUUGAGUCCGCGUUUGAGGUUCGGGAGGAAAGAGGAGGAUGUGAAACUUAGGAAAAGAAAGUCACAACUGUACUCAAAAGAAGAUGAAGCACCUAUUCGGACAGAGGUCCUGAGAAUUGCGGCUUUUUGUGUAACUUUCCGUGUGACCAACUGUUUCCUGGUCCAGAGCAGCUUCGUUCCAGAUGAGUACUGGCAAUCUGUGGAGGUUGCCCAUCACAUGGUCUUCAAUUAUGGCUACCUGACGUGGGAAUGGAAGGAAGGCAUAAGAAGCUUCAGCUAUCCUUUCAUCUUUGCGGUCAUCUAUAAAAUACUACACUGGUUACAAUGCGACUCUGUUCAUCUUGUGAUAUGGCUGCCCCGUCUACUUCAAGCACUCGUCGCUGCGUUUGCUGACAUUAAAUUCUUCUACCUCAUCAGAACACUGGAAGAUCGGGAAACUGCUAAAUGGACGUUUUUCUGCCACCUGUGCUCGUGGUUCACAUGGUUCUGUUGCACCAGAACGCUAGGCAACAGUGUGGAGGCCACCAUCACUUGCCUGGCUCUGGCCUAUUUCCCUUUGGCAACAUCCAAAACACAUAGCAGUAAAAAAUAUUUGAGCUUAGUUGCUUUGGCGAUUAUUUUUCGCCCAACGGCCCUGAUUGUCUGGCUCCCGCUGUUGAUUUACCAUUUCUGGCAUGAUGAAAGCAAACUCAGACUUGUGGUUCAUGACUACAUUCCUAUUGGGGCUUCAGCUAUUGUGAUUUCAACCAUAAUUGACUGCAUCUUCUAUGGAAAGUGGGUUUUGGUGCAAUUCAACUUCUUGAAGAUAAACAUCUUGGACGGAAUUGCCGGCUUUUACGGCACCCACCCCUGGCAUUGGUACUUCACGCAGGGCUUGCUUGUGAUAGUAGGCCCACAUGUCCCGUUCUUUAUUCACGGAUGCUACCUCGCUUUCAGAAGGUACAGAAUCCUGUUGGUGGCCAUCAUCUGGACCGUUGCAGUAUAUAGUUUCUUUCCUCACAAGGAGUUCCGAUUCAUCUACCCUGUGCUUCCCUUUUGUAUGAUCUUCUGUGGGGUAUCGAUGGCUCACAUGAGAGAAUGGCGACGAGCAGCCGCUUGUGGUUUGUUGGGAACCAACCUGUUUCUUGCUCUUUACACGGGCCUGAUUCACCAGCGCGGCACUCUGGAUGUCAUGAGCCACAUCCGCAUACUUUGUUACAACGUGUCAGAGCCGAACGUCCUCUUCCUCAUGCCCUGCCACUCCACGCCUUACUACAGCCACAUUCACUGUCCGCUAAAGAUGAGGUUCCUCGAGUGCCCACCUGACCUCGGCCAGGCUGGCUACGUGAACGAGGCUGACAGAUUUUACUAUGACCCGCUCCUCUGGCUCCAGACCUCUUUUCCACACAUGCGGUCACGUCCUACUCACUUGGUUCUCUUUGAUAUCCUGGAGAAGGAUAUUUCAGCAUUUCUUCAGGACUACGUGAAAACAACAGACAUAUUUCACACUCAUUUUCCAGAGGGAAAAAUUGGAAGAAGAAUCUUUAUUUAUGAACGACAUCAAAAAACAGGAAUAUCACAGCAAUAAAAGCAAUCUAUGAUGGCAUCUAUUGUCCUUUAGUCAGUCGUAGUGCAUCCAGUAUCUGUGAAAUUGAAUGAUCAAAAUUUGCAUUAUGCUCACCAGAACCUUAAACCUGUAUCAAGUAUUCAGUUGUUUAUUGAAAUGUCAACUAAUAAAACUAAUGUCACAUGAUUCCUUACAAACAAA